UUUGUUUUUUCAUGCUGGCAGUAGCUGAACUGUUACAGCACAAACAACAUGUCCAUUUACCCAAAAAGGUUGUGCUUUAUCGUUGCAGCAAACCUCGGGUUGAGCAGUUCACCUUAGGUUAUAUUGGGCUUCCUGUAAGAGAAUUUCCGUGUAAAACUUUAAAUGUUAAUGUAUUUAUUGUUAUUGUAUUUGUUAUUUUAAGAUCAAUUAUUGAUGGAUCUAUAACUAUUUAAUUCUACUCAAAAACUAUGAAUAACAUACAUGUUAUUUAUUAACUGCUGUAACAAAUAAGGAAAAAAAUGACUUGCACAUGCAGAGUAUGUCUCUGCUAUGCCAAAGAGGAGCUCACUAUCUUUUUAGAAAAAGUGAUUCCUGCACAUUGCUGUUGGAUGCUGUUGUUGUUGUUGUUGUUGUUGUUGGACGAGGUCAUUCAUUUACUGCUCAAAGAAAAAAAAAUUUCCUUGGAAUUUAGAGGAAAACAAAAUUGAAUCAGACCCACAACACCUCUAAAAAGCUCAGUGGUGAGUUCUUGUGCCCCGCAACCACACCUGCCUCCAAACCUACUUUAAACAUAGUUUGGAUGUUCUGUAUAUUCAUUUACUCUCGUCACUGUUGGCCUAUGUUUAACAUUUACACAGCCCACAACAUCCAUUACAGCCACAGUCCAAAUUUAAGCAAUGUCAAGCUAAUGCCCAACAAGGCUAUGAAAUGCAAAUUUGAUUUUAUUUCUUCAGCUUUAGCACAAUCUUUAAAAUGCUUGACUGAUAUUUUGUGCAAUAUUUCUUUACUUUUUUGUGCUUUUUGGGAAAAUUAGGCAAAAACCGGCAGCAAACCUAAAGCAAGAUGUUUCUUGGAAAGAAAUUACUUUGAAUAUGAGAAAAUUAUUCUCAUCAAAACAGAAAUAUUGUAACCGGAUGCUAAAAAGGGGUUUAAAUAUUAACAUGUGAGUAAUUUCUCUUGUCGGUACAGACAUGAUGACAGUAUUCAUCCAUAAGUUAAUUAAAAUAAAAAACACUGCUGUGUCUUAUAAAGGACUGCAUUUAAGUAAAAAUCCAAGGUACUUGUACCUAACUUGAUCAUUUCCAUUUUCUGCCACUUUAUACUUCUACUCCACAACAAGUCUGAGGGAAAUAUUGUAAAACAUACAAAACAUAUGAAUGACUUAUAUUAUAUUAUGCAUUACAUAGAUUAAACUACCCACCAGGAUAUAAAACAGUUCCACCGUGACAACAUUAAAGUACCACUUACGUAAUAAUGUGUCAGUAAUAAUGAUCCAGCAAUAUAAUAGUUUAACACCUACAGGAGCCUUUCUGCAUGAUGCUAAUACUUUACUGUACUUUUCUUAACUCAAAUUUUAAAUGCAGGACUUUUGUUUGUAACUAUUUUUAUAGUCUGCUAUUACAACUUUUAUUAAAGUAAAUAAUCUGAAUACUUCUUCCACCAUUGUCUGUCAGUGUCUUUUUAAAAAGUGAAAAGCAUGGUUAGAGGUAUAGAUGCAGAAGUUACUGAUCCUUCUAAGAUUCUUCAUCUUGGUGUAUCUUUCAGUGUGGGACAAGGUCUUGUGAAACCAGCCAUGUUUGAGCUUGUGGGGGGACCAGAUGAGCUUCAGCCGAUGCUAAUAAACCACAAGCAUGAUAUAUUCCUGUACCUAUGUGGACGUGAAAUCUAGGUCUGGGGUGUUUUGGAACCACACAUCUUCAACACUUGGCCAGUGUUCCCUGAUCCUCAGCGAUGAUUGGCUGACAACCAGCCCAUUCACCUCGCCGCUUUGUUUCGCCCUGCAACCAUGAGGACUGCGGUGGUCGCUGUUGUCAUGGUGAUGUUGUGCGUGAUGAUGGUACACGCAGAUGUGAAGCCGCAGAGAGAUUUCAACCUGCAGAGGUUUGCAGGGAAAUGGUACCGUGUGGGCCUGGCCUAUGACUCUCCAGGUUUUGUCCCCUACAGAGACAAACUGAAGGCCUCCAUGGGCAUCAUCACACUACUGCCAAACGGCAACGUUAACCUCACAAUGUGGGACGCCACACCUAUGGGCUGUCAAAGUAAGCUGUACCAGUAUGAGAAGACAAGCGUGCCGGGACAAUUCACCUACUUCAGCACACGUCAUAACAUGGUGAAGGACAUCACAGUGGUGGACACAAACUACACUGAAUACGCCGUGGUUCUCAAACACAAGGUUUUCAACAGGGAGUACACACAGCUGGCACUUUACGGCCGCUCUCAAAGAAUCAGGAAUGAUGUAAUUAAUAAAUUUAAAGCCAUUGCCUUGUCCCAGGGUUUCCCCAGAGAGUCUAUUCUGACUCCACCUCCAGCAGAAAACUGCCCUCCAUCCGGAUCCGGACGUUAGGUUCCCAGAUGUAGCUGAGCUCUGGGUUGCGGUGUAAUCUGAUGUGCCGCUCCAGCUCUGUUUUUCCAGUCCACUUUGUCCUCUGCAUUUACCAUGAAGUACUGCAAAGAACUUUCUCUCAGCAAAGCAAAUAUCAUCAUUCUGGCUACAAACAUGAUAGAGAGCAAAUACUGCUGAUGAAAUUUAUAAAUCCUCCUCUUUUAUGUAAUGUUUUAAUUAAUUUCUAUUGUUCUGCUGUGUUGACCUUGUUAAAU